UCUUGCACACACUGUGUCAGACCUGUUUGAUCCAGCAGGUCAGGACGAAGAGACGCUGACUCAAAGCUCAACUAUGUUGGUUAAGAGAUCGUUGUUGGUGGCUCUGCUCGCCGUAGCUGUCGGAGUUUACCUGCUGCCUUCUCCCAUCGACCCCAAACCACAUGUACUGAAGGGGCCUCCCCCAGCUCUUGAGGGGCCACUUGCCGUCAACACCCGGCUGCAGAAGGGCCGCAGGCUGUUUACUGGGAAACUACACGGACCAGAAUCCUUCACUGCUGAUGAGGAGGGUAACGUGUACACAGGCACAGUGGACGGGAAGCUGUGGAGGAUCGGCCCUGAUGACAGUCUCACCCUCGUCACACAGAUGGGACAGAAUUUACCUGAAUGUGGCAGCAGUACAGACUACGAGCCCGUGUGCGGCCGUCCUCACGGGGUCCGUCUGGAUCGUCACGGUCAGCUGAUAGUCGCUGAUUCGUACUUUGGGCUGCACAGCGUCAACCCCAAAACUGGAGAGAAGACUCUGCUGCUGGCUAAUUCACAAGGUGCUGAUGGCGUUCACUUUGCCUUCCUGAACGGGCUGGAGAUUUCCUCCCAAACUGGGAUCAUUUAUUUCACUGACUCCUCCAGUCGCUGGGGACGCAGACAUGUCAAACUGGAGGUGAUCGAGCUGAACACCCUCGGUCGUCUUCUCUCCUUCGAUCCAGAGAAGGGAAGUGUGAAGGUCCUGCUGGACUCUCUGUACAUGCCCAACGGCAUUGUGCUGUCACCUGACGAACACUUCCUGUUGCUGGCUGAGACUAGCAUCGGACGCAUAAUAAGAUAUUGGCUGAAGGGCCCGAAGGCUGGCACCAAGGAGAUCAUCAUGGACAACAUGAUCGGUUACCCCGACAACAUCCGCCUUAGCGACCAUGGAACAUUCCUGGUCGGCAUAACAACGACACGGUUUCGGAAGUUCAUGCCUCCAUUCCUGGACUUGAUCGCCCCGUACCCAGCUGUCAAACGCUUCCUGGCAAAGGUGAUUCCUCUGAGCUGGUACAACGUCCUGCUGCCACGCUACGCUCUGAUCCUGGAGCUGGGAUUGGAUGGCGAGAUUGUGGGAACGCUGCAUGACCCUGAAGGGCGCCUAACAUGGGCCAUCAGCGACGUCUUCCAGCACCGAGGGAGGACCUACCUGGGCAGCACUGACCUGCCAUUUCUACCUGUCCUUGAGGGAUGGGAGAGCUGAUGAUCGACUGAACACAGGAAACUAAACGUAGGCUUAUUCAUUUUUAUUUUUGGACAGUUUAAACGUCUGAGGACACUUGUGCCGCUUCUGGAUUUUACAUUUUUGAAGUUUUUAGUCGGUGUCCACCUCUGGAGCGACGUGUGGAUGUUGCAUAGAUGAAACCACUUUUGUGGUUUCAGGUUGGUCUUUAUAGCUAAUCCACUAAUGACCUGUGAGGUGAAUGGAGCAACUGUGGUCGUCUAAACACACUUUUAGAAAGGUUAAACUUCAUGUGGGAACUUUUGUCUGCUCAAACCAAAUGAGGAAAUUAACCAAGUGAUGUUUGUCGGAUAGAAACUGACAACUUUUUUAGCAUUAAAGACAUAAAGACCUCCAGAAACGAUGAGCUCAAACCACAUCAUCUACUCAAAAUACUGUACAACCUACUGUAUCAUUGCACUGGAUGUCUGCAGACGAGCAGCAGCAGCAGAAGAAACACUGAAGAGUCUAUUAAUAAUUCUGUUCUGUAAGAGACAUGGAAGCUUAAACUGACUCUGAGUGAUUUGUCUCUGUCAAUUUGGACUAAUUAAAUCUCCUCCUGCGGCCUAGACCAUCGAAAUCGACUAAUUUUCUCUUGGAGGAAUUUUAAAUUAACCUUGGAAAUUUCAGACUGUGGGAAUGUGUAUUUGUAUGUGUACUAUUAAUACCAAACUGUAAAGUUAGGUUUUAAAUUAAUUUUUUUCUAUAAAAAUGACAUUUCAGUGAGACCCCUGAAUCUUGAUUGUGUUGCAAACGGAGCUGAAAUGAUUGAUUUGUUGGUCCCAGCAUCGCAGUGAGGAUUUUCUGCUUUUCUCUGUUAUAUGAAAUUAUAAACUAAAUCUCUCUGGAAAAAACAA